AGAGCCAUGGAUGUAGCGACGCUUAAGGACCUGCAACAGGACGCCACCCUAGCCAAGAGGCAGUAUAUGGAGCUGUGCAGGCAGGGACAGAUCUUUGACGCCAGGAACAGGAUCAUUGGGGGAGACCCACAAGCCUGGGAUGUUCAAGUUCGUGAACAGAAGAUAAAAGAAGCAACUGAAAAAGCUAGGCAGGAAACUUUUGCUGCAGAAAUGAGGCACAAUGACAAGAUCAUGUGCCUACUCCAUGACCGGGAACGGAGGGACAAGAAACAACUCUGUUGUGCUAUCAAUGACUUCCAGCAGAGAUUUCAGAAGCCAGAAACUCGCCGUGAGUUUGAUCUGUCUGACCCACUGGCCCUCAAGAAAGAUCUCCCAGCCCGGGUGUCAGACAGUGACCCGAGGAACAGCAUAUCAGGAAUGCAGAAGUUCAUUGGAGAGGAUUUAAAUUUCCACUGGAGGAAGAAGUUCCAACAGGAGCAGAACAGAGAAUGGUACCUGCAACAGUACAGAGAGUGGGAGAGAGCGCGGGCUGACCACAAGCUUGCAGAAGACCUCUACACACAGACAAGACUAAAGUUUGAUGAAAAAGCCAGAGAGCUGCAGAAGCUGGAAAACUUCACCAGAAAGGAACUCUGUGCGGCCACGAAAGAGUUCAACAAGAACCAGGCUAUGGAGUUGGCAGAAAGGAAGAGGCAAGAGAAGCAACAAGAGCAAGAGGACAACAUGACUGAGAUCUCCAACCUGCUGCAUAGCGACUUGCUGACUGAGAGCUCACAGCAGGCAACCAGCUCCUUUGGGCCUCAUCAAGUGGUCCUUUACCGCUGGAAGGGCAUGAGCCCGGAGCAACUGGAAGAAAUACGCUACACUCAGAAGCAACAAAUCCAGGAAAAGUUGAGGCUUCAGGAGGAAGAGCGUCAGCGCAACAUGGACUGGGACCGACGCAGGAUCCAGAAGGCUCGUGCCAACCUGCUGCAUGAGCGUCAGCAGCAACGCUUGCAUCGGGAACUGCGCAAGGCCCUGGACUGCAGCAACCUCAACCUGGCCAGGAAGCAGUAUUCACAGAAAAAACAAAUGAAUAUAGCCUCCACAAGUCAACCCACAGAAGAUUUUUUCUCACAGUUUAAUACAAGAAGCCGCUAA